AACUUGCACAGAUGCUGCUUUGGAGAACUUUCAGCCCAGGUUGCAGAGCUGAGCCUUGGUAAACCUGUCUCUAUUACAGCACAUUGCCAUACAUCUAAGUGCAUAAGGCUUUGUGUGUGAAGAUGGCCGCAAGUCCUGACAUCACCUUGCAGUGUCUGUAGCUGCCUGCCAGCCAGAGCUGACAUCUUUCCACCACCCUGGCAGAGUGAGUGCUCCUGGAGCUCUGCCACAGGAGAGGCACAAGAUUUUUCCAGAAAACCAAAGUGCUCAAAGCUAUUUGAUAACAAUUAUCUUAAAUGCUCAGUAAAAGCCCUGAAUUUGCCAAGUCAAUGAUUGUCAUCUGAGCCCUGCAACAAAAAGUGCAUCUUCCUCAUGACAUACAGUCUUGGCACGGACCUUUAGUGCUGUGUUUGUAACUGAAGCUGUGUGUUAAUGGAAAAUGUGAUUUCAAGUUGAGAAAAAGUUGGUACCUUGGUACCUUCAGUCCUCAGCAGUGUGUCAACAGGCAAAACCACGUAGCCUGCUCACCACCCCUCCUCCAGCUGAAACAGUGUUAGCCUUAUCUUGUAAGUGGAUUUCUGUGUUGUUUCUUCUUCCUGCUCACACUUCCUCUGCUGAAAUAGAGAAGUAGUUUCCAUCUCGAGAGAAAAAUGAUAGAGAAGAGCAGGGUGCACUUCUAAGUGAUUUUUGUUGAAAUGUCUGCUUCCCUAACCUAGCUGAGAAGUGAGGGUGAAUCUUGCCCUGUUCUUAUGAGUGUCACUGGGGGUGGGAGCUGACACUUCAGGGUCUGCUUUGAGGUGUUGCUGUUGGGUUCAUUGCUGUGUGAGUGACCUCUCGUGGUUUAAAAGAAGUCAGAAUGCAGCAAUAAUACUCCCAAUUCCUUAUGACACUCUGUCUAACUAGGGAGGCUGCUUCCCGUUUCCACUUGUAGGUUGGGAAGUGAUGUGGGUACGGUUAUUAAGCCCUGGUGACUUACAUCACUGGUUUGUUUACAGGUGACAGUGUAAUACAGGCUGUGUUGGGGAUUUUAAGGAAGGAUAUAAGAUUCUUAUUUAAGGCUAUUAUCAUUCAAAAGUCUUGGUGCUCAGAGUGAACACAGACUUCUGUAGCAUCCUUUGUUAAAUAGGUGUGGCAAAGUCAUGCUGCUCUGUCUGGUUUUGGAGCUGUUUAUGUUGUGUUUCACAGCAGCUUUUUCUUUGGUCUACCAGGUCUUGCUAUACAGGUGCCUGCAGAAAUCUCCCAGUGUCCUGCUUCCCCCGUGCAGCCAGAGGCCAGGGAUGUCCCCCCAGAGCCACCAGAGAGCAGGAGCCAGCUGCAGCACAGGGAAGAGCCCUGUCCCCACCCCAGUCCCCAGCCAGCACGGGUGACACGUGUCCCUGCCCAGGGCAGAGCUGGGCCCUGCAGCCCGGCUGUGUGUGCAGGGGUACAAGCCACAGGCACACACAGCCCACAGCCGGGACAGAGAGACCCUGCCAGGGUGAACCACCAGCCACACCUCGUGUGGAGCUGCACGCUGGCAUCUGCCCCGGGAGGCUGGGCUGUAAUUACAGUGUGAAACUAGGUGGAAGUGUCUAGUCUUAAUUAAAAUGAGAUACGGGUUCCAAAGCACGGCGUGCUGACCUGUGUGAGGUGUGUGAGCAGGGACACAGCAGCCCGGGCAGCUGCUGGGGCUGGGUGAGUCACUCGCUGGCUGGAGGAAGCGCCGGCAGCGCCCGGAGCUGCGGGCAGGCGCUGUCAGGAGAUGACGUGGCCCCGUGUUCUGCGCUCUGAAAGUGAAAUAAUGUGGGUUUCGGGUGCUUUACGUAGCCGCUUUUAUCUCUGCCUGGUCGAUAGAGCCGCGAGGAGGACUCUGAGCUGUAAAUGAGCGCUCGGUUCAGAGGUGAUGUCCCACGGGCGGUGUGUGUUGGUGCUGCUGAGGGCAGCGCUGACUGCAGCAUUGUAAGGGAUGAAACCUGUUCUCUCUGGAAAUACUGUAUGGAAUCAGCUUACUUGCCGAUGCUGCUCUCCUUCAAAGCUGUUUUCUUUAAGUCCCUCCAAAAGGUCUGGAGCAAUAACUGAAAUAAUUGAUGGGAAAGAGUCUCUCAUGUCAGAACCUGUAAAAUAUUCACUCAUAGGGGAGGCUUUGCUGUUUGUUUGGUUUGUGGCUCCUUGGUGUUCUGCUGGUUCAGUCUGAGUGUGCUGUGACAGCUCUCUUAGCAGUGCUUUACUUCCUCCUAAGCAUAUUUCUAGUGAUUAGAUUUGUGUAGGAUUUGAGACUCUGUGACACUGCCAGUUUCUGGCUGACCUCAAUUGCUGCCUGAGAAGGAAAAUGGAAACUGUAGCACUUCCCUCCUGUGGGCACAUGGGGAAGGAUGUGUUAGAAAUGUGGAGGGGCUUGGACUUGCUUGGAAUCAAAUGGACCAGUGUUGUAGAAUAAUUUUGAAAUUGGACUUCUUGCAUGUAAAUAAAUAAGUGGACUAGAACUUAAAUAACAAAGUUGAAAAAUUCUCAGACUUAUGGAAAGGAUUAGUGUUUCAUACAUUUGUGAGACUACAAUGUAACUUGUUCAGUCUUAAGACUCAUAUUUCUACUAAAAGGUUUAACUGAUUUAUGACUACAACUCAAUAAAGCAAACAAUCAUCUUUCUGGGAAAUUUCUGGCUUUUCCAGAAAUUGUUUCUUUUUUCCUGCCACUAGGCUGACUUCUAAGCACAUAAAACUGUAUGACUAGUUCAUACAGUUUUAUGUGCUUAGAAGAUCUACCUUGACAUUAUGUUUAAGUUAUUUGGUCAGCCAGAAAAGAGAAAAUACACUUGCUCUCUGUGACAUUCCUGAAGGGCUACUUGUCUUUUUGGGAACUGGCAAGAUAGAAUGAUCAGUAAUCAGCUUGGGAUUCAUCCUACUGCCAGGACAGAUCUUAGACCCCUUUUCUUCAAAAUUAAGUAUUUCAAUAUAUAUAUUGAAUAUAUAAUUUUAUAUAUAUAUAAAAUUCAAAUUAAUAAUGACUGUGUAAUCACCGACAGCCUGCCUUCUGUGGGAAAACCAAGAAGAAUUUAACUGAAUUUUCAGAAAGCUUAUUUAUGUUGGAAAAGAGAGAAAGCUGUUCACAGAGCAAGCCUAAGUGCUGGAGCAUGUUGCAGCUAUGUGGGGUGGUGAAGGAUUUUCUAAGAUGAUAUUGGAUAACCACUGCUGGAAGAAGGAGUGUGUGAGGCGUGUGUGGCUCCUCCCUCUGUGUGUUGGGCUGUCAUGUGGGAUCUCUAAAGUCCCUUGCAGUGCCGUGUCUCGGUGGCCACAGUCACAUUACUGAUCCUGUCAUCAUUUUCCAUUCACUGCUCCAGGAAUUAGCACUCCCUUGCCAAAUGCUCUAGGUCUAAUCUCAGUAAUGCAGAUGUUUUAAUAGGUUAGAAGAAAGGUUUUUAGCUGCAGGCCCUGCCCAGUGUCAGGCUGUGGUUAGAAGUGCUUGGGUGUCCAGCUGCAUUCCUUUCCUUUCAGCUGUCUCUGAAGUAGUUGUCAGCACAGGAUCAUCCAAAUGGCCCCAUCUUGGGGCCCAGUUUAAUAAUGUGGAAAGGUUUUGUGAAUGUACCCCUGAGACCUUGGGACAGUCACAAUGUUGGAAUGUUUCCUGGGUUUGGAAAUAUGUCUGUCUUGUAGCUGCCACCAGAAGGCCCUGGAAGAGGAGCCAUUAAGUGGGAAUCACGUUUGAUCACUUCAAAAGCAGCAAGCUCCCAGCUUCCAGUGGAUACUGCUCUGUUGUCCUCCACUGCCUUGUGUGAGGAGUGGUUUUGACAUGCCUUUCCCUCUGCUGUGAGCUGUAUUCCUGGAGUUUGGUGCACCCUGGUAGGACCAAAGUGUGAUAAGGGUCUUUUGAGAAAGGAAAAAAGAGUGAGGGGUACAGAGGCUACCUGUGAGGGAAGUAUUAAUAAAACUCAGGAUUCAAGAUCCAAAUGGUAGAAUGUGUCUGAUCCAUUGGCCUGGAGGUACCUGGAGAACAUGUGUGGUUCUUUGUCUAGCUGUAAUCAGGACUUACUCAACCAGAGUUAUUUGUCUUGAGCCAAGAAGAAAACCACAUCUGUCAUGCAAAUAAGCAGUAUAGUUCCUUAGAACCCUGUCCUUUCCACUCACCUGGCAUUGCAGACUCCACUUGGCAGCUUCCUCAGACGAAGCCAUUGGCUGUAGGAACCUUCCUGUUGCUCAGUGUGAAAAAAACAAAGGACAGCAAAAAUAAAGGUACCAGCCCAGUGCUGUGCACUGCUACACAGGUGUGUGGUGAGGUGCCUCUCCCCAGCUGGAAAUCACCGAGUGUUGUGUGAUGCCCAAGUCCUUGGAGGCAUCAGUGCUCCUUUGAUUCAUUUCAGAGGCUUUCUCUCACUGCAUAAAUUGCUUUCUCAUGUCUUUGAAGUGACCUGUGUGAAUUAAACAUCACAGAGUGCUUUUUAUAAAGCUGUUCCAUCAACGUAGUGCAACUGGCAUAUCAAAAAUGAGAUAAAGUGCUCUGGAUAUCACCAGUCAGGGUGGUAUUUAGUUUCUUGUACAGCUUGUGCUGUCAUUUGUAUUUGCUUACUGCAAGCUGCCUUCUGCAGUCCUGGUAAUAGUUUAUGCAUAACAUGUAAAAUCUGAAAAAGGAGGGAAAGUCAGCAAUGCCCGUUGAUGCACGCUGGAAUGUGUGAUUGCUGGACUGACCUGCUCAUCCCUGCACACCGAGUCCUCUCCUGGGUUUGUUGUGGGGUACCACCAACACCACGAGAGGGAGCGUGGAAGCAGCGAGAGGCUUGUCCUGGGAUGGUCCAGCUGAGAGCAGGGCGGUGCUCCGGCCCUGGGAGUCAAACACAGCGCGGCACAGGCUGAAAACACAACAGAAAUAGGAAUAAAUUUAUAUUUCAAGGCUUCGGGACUUCAAAGAAUGUUUUGUACCUAGGGUUCAUUUGUCUCAGGUGUCUGGAAUUGUAGUUGUGCUUGGAGUCUUUACUGCAUAAUCAAGGUUAUUUGGUAUUUCCUGCUCUGUUGUUGCAGGUAGGUAAAAAGAGCACUUACCUUAGCUGCUGAAGCUGAAAUAAAAAUGUAAUCACAAGAAAAAAUUUUCUUUUAUUCCAUGAUUCCUUGAGCAUAAGAUUAUGCGCUACUUUUGCCUUGGGGAAAAUGAGGAAAAUGCUGCUGCAAAAUGUCACCUUCUGAUAUCAAAAUGCUGCUCAGAGAAGUCUUACCCUGCAGUUGGAAGGUAAUGGGUGAACCCCACCAAAACACAAAAUAAAAAAUGCAAUAUUUCCAUUUUCCAGAAAUUACUUUGUGAGUAAUGAGUUUUGGUACGCUGAUGUCAGAUUAUUUAGCUGAUGGUUGGCAAGCAGAAUUUAAUGAAAAUGUUAUAUAAUAUCAUUGUUUAUUAUAUUUAACAAAUAGAACAGUUUUGGGGCAGAAGUCUUUAGAAGGGCAGGACAUGGAGAGUCAGCUCUAAGUGUUGAGAUAUGUUCAAGAUAUAAUGUGGAGUAAAUAUAAAACAAUGAUCAUUGUUAAAGGUUUAAGGGAAGGACCUUGUCCCUGGACUAUCCCCAACUAGCAUGUCUUAAUCAACUGUGGUUUUUCCAGCCUGCUCCAGUAUUCUGCCUCACAAUUAAAGGGUCUUUCCUAGGACCUAACUUAAAUCUUCCCUGCAAUUUCCAGCAAUCUCCUCAUCUUCUCUUUAGCUUGGAACACAGCUGAUCCAUUCUUCUGGAGUGGCUCUGCAUCAAUCAGGUGAUUGUUGUUCCUUUCUUCUCUUUUUAAGCUAAAAAAAAAGUCUUUUUUUUCAGGCUUUGUUUGUUGUUUUUUUUAACUUAUGGGGUAUAUUGUAUAAAAAGCUUAAAGCAGCUGUGUAUAAGCUGGGACCCCAGCUGAGAGCGAAGCCAUUCCUCCUGGAGGGGCAGCAGGAGGGGCAGCAGGUACCCUGUUGUGGAAAGAAAUGUCCCUGUUUGCAGUGCUGGUGCCAUGCCUUGGGUUCAUUAACCAGCUGGGAUGUCCUGUUGUGAGCCUGGAGCUGCUCAGAAGAACUUUGGCUGUGCCAGAGCCUGCUCUCAGUGAUGUAGCCAAGAGCCGGGUUGCUCCCUGGCCCUGCAGCUGGGGGAGUUAUGGCUGGGUGAGGAGGGAACGUGGAUGUUCUCCUUGCAGCUCCAGCUGAGGAAGAGGAGGUGAAAUGUGAGUGUAUGAAAGGUCACAGCUGACCAGAGUCCACCUGGGUGAGUCCUGUCUGGCAUUUCCAGUGUGCACUUCUGUCUGCUCAGCAACCAGCUGGGUGUGGGUUCUUGCCUCUUGGACUGUGGUGUUUAAAAUCUGGCACAUCUCUAUUCAAUGACUUUAUCUAUUCAUCUUCAUUUCCUUUCCUCUCAACCCAAUUUGAAGAUAAACAUGACAAAGCCCAAGGGACAGCAAUGCACAGAGCUGCAGUGAUGCAGGGGUAGCAUGUUAUGUCCCUUCUCUGCCAGAGUUUGUUCCCUCACAGCCUGCUCCUCUCUCAGUGGGCAGUGGGGAGGUUUGGGGCAUUUUCUUGCCCACCCCCAGCCCCAACCAGGACAUCAGCUCUGAACUGGCUCACUCACUGCCCAGUGACAAUGGCUCACCAUUCCAGGAGGCUCUGCAGGGUGCAGCUGCAGUGCUCAGCUCUCUUCCCUGUCCUGCGGGCUGCCCUCACUCCAACACCAACAGGGAACAAAGGAGAAACCCCCAAACAUUGGUGUGAGAGGGGCAGUGGGGUUUGGGAGGAAGGCAACUUCUUAUUUCCUGCUCUGCUCAGUCCAUUCCAGCAAGCUGCAGGGUGUUUGAGAGACUGAAAAAGACGCUGAGCCAGUGCAUCCAGCCUAAUAUGGGAUCAGAGGCUCUUGGUGGAAGAAAGUCCUUCCUGGGAGAGCUGGUGCAGGAUGGUGCAAGGAUGGUGGUGGCAAGGUCCAGAAUAUUUAAAAUCAAGGGCUGAGCUGGCUGAAUAAGGAGCCCUGGAGCAGAACUCACGCCACCAUGCUGCUGCUCUGGCCCCACUGUGCUCUGGUGCUGCUGCUUGAGGUCCCCUCCCCACCUGCUUCUAUGGCUGUGCUUGCCCUUAACAGGUUGUGUGUUUUCCUGCACCAUUUUCACAUUAUCCCCUGCCCCUGCAGAUAAGGAGAACAUACAUACCAGGCUGGACUUUGGCAUUGGCUCAGGCCAGGAGCUGGAAUUACUCCUGGUGCUCCCCUGGUGUGCUGCUCCAGCUGGCCCCCAGGUCACCUCCAGAAGAAGGAGAUAGGUGGAGGUAGAACGUAUUCUUCAUCUGCUCAGACAGCAACAAUCUCCAUGCCCCAAGCAAGCCUUGCUUGUCCCACAUCUCUUCUUGCUGUCCUUUUAUCCUAUGCCAAAAAGUUCCUGUUUACAUGGUUUGAUCCUGUUUGCUGCUGCUGGCUCCAUGCUGUCUCCAUGGAUAGAUUUAUAGGGUGGUCAGAGGUCCUGUCUGACCCAAAACAGCCUUAUUCCUUCAUAGCAAGGUAGUGAAAUAAACCCUUUUCUUCCACCCACAGCCCAACUGGCCGAUGCCCAGCUUCUAACAGCAUCUGUGGAGUCCAGGGCCAGUGCCCUUGGCAUGCCAGGAAAGCCCCCAGCAGAGAGACUUGGCUUCUUCUGGGAUCUGGGGGCUCUUCUAUUGCACCCCAUACAUCCCUCCUGCCAGUCCAGUGUCCCUGCUGUGCUCCCAGUGCAGAGCUGUGCCUGUGAUGUGAGAGCUGCUCCUCUCCUUGGUGACUGUCAAUAUUUGACAGCACAAACAUUUUAAACUGCAGAGGAAAAGUGCACUCAGCCCCCCGGGAUGGUUUGUAUGUGAUGCUGCCCUUCUCCUGUGACACAAAGAGCUCAGACCCCAGGGCCACGAGCAGUGCUGGAAAUUUGGUCCUUGACAUGGUGCUGGCACACGUGGCACAGCUGUCCCCUCCUGGAGGUGGAGCAUGAUGGACUCAGCUGCUUUGUGGAGCAGCUUCUUGGGGAAAAGCAGUUUUUAGGCAGUCAUCUCGUUUGCUCCAGCCUCCGCUCCACAUCUGUGACUGCAGCUUUCUCCAUCCAGCUGAGAGGGAAUUAUGUGUGCAAGAGGAGUCAGGGCUCCCUUCCCAGCUCCCUGCUCACACUGCUAGGGCUGCCGUGCCUGCUGCACACCCAGCUGCGUGCUCGAGGAUGCUGCACCUCAAAGUCCAGUUCCUGGAUGAUUCCCAGAAGAUCUUUGUAGUUGAUCAAAAAUCCUGUGGGAAAGGGCUCUUCAACCUCACCUGCAGCCACCUCAACCUUGUGGAGAAGGAGUAUUUUGGGCUGGAGUUUCACAGCCAGGCUGGGAACCAGGUCUGGUUGGAACCACUAAAACCCAUAACAAAGCAAGUCAAAAAUCCUAAGGAGGUUCUUUUCAAAUUUAUGGUGAAAUUUUUCCCAGUGGACCCCGGUCACCUGAGAGAAGAACUGACCAGGUACCUCUUCACCCUGCAGAUCAAGAAGGACCUGGCCCAGGGCCGGCUGCCCUGCAGUGACAAGAGCGCGGCGCUGCUCGUCUCCCACCUGCUGCAGUCCGAGCUGGGAGACUUCCACGAGGAGACAGACCAGCAGCACCUGGCCACGCACAGGUACCUGCCCAACCAGGAGUACCUGGACAACAAGAUCAUGCACUACCACCGGAGACACAGAGGGAAGACUCCGGCCGAGUCGGACGUUCAGCUGCUGGACGUGGCCAGGAAGCUGGAGAUGUACGGGAUCCGCCCGCACCCCGCCAGCGACGGCGAGGGGACACAGAUCAACCUGGCCGUGACACACAUGGGGGUGCUGGUGCUGCGGGGCAAUACAAAGAUCAAUACCUUCAACUGGUCCAAAAUUCGCAAACUGAGUUUCAAGAGGAAGCAUUUUCUCAUCAAGCUCCAUGCAAACAUCUCUGAACUGUGCAAAGACACACUGGAGUUCACUAUGGUGAGCAGGGACACCUGCAAGGCCUUCUGGAAGACAUGUGUGGAGUACCACGCCUUCUUCAGGCUCUCUGAAGAGCCCAAGUCAAAGCCCAAAGCCCUUCUGUGCAGCAAAGGUUCCAGCUUCCGCUACAGUGGCAGGACUCAGCGGCAGCUGCUGGAGCACGGGAGGAAGGCAAAGAUGAAGAGCCUGCCCUUUGAGAGGAAACACUACACAUCCCGCUAUGAUGAGAGGCAGUGCCGUUCCUCCCCGGACCUCCUGACAGAUGUAUCAAAGCAGGUGGAAGAGCUGCGCCUGGCCUAUGGCAACCGUGGCUCCUACCACGCCAACGGAGUGCAUGGCUCCGAGCCCACCCUGGACAGCCGGCGCCACAGCUCCACCCUGGAGGUGACGUUUGCCACUGAGCUGGAGCACUCCAAGCCUGAAGCAUCCCCCACCUUCCUGCCCCACUCCAAAAGCUCGUCUGCCUUCCCCCUGCUCUACGCCGAGCUGGAGAUGGAGCGGGCGUGGGAGCCCAUCGACCUCUUCGGAGCAAGGAAUCCCUUGACGUCCUUUCGGCCCCACCACCAGUUCGCUGGGAACAAUAAAAGCACCUCUGUGGGCAACAUGCGGGAAGUGAGCUCCCGGCCGCUGGUGUACAUGGAUGUGCCCUGUCCUCUGCCCGUGGUGGCUCCAGCCCCCCCUGUGCUCUUCUACGUGGACAAGGCACUGCAGUCCCCUGGCCCUGCGCUGGCCCCUGGAGAGGACACAGCAGGACUGGCCGGUGCAAGCGGCCCCGUGGCAGCAAAACCGCCCCGACAGAGCCCGAGCGGGACCCAGGCUGGGCAGUUCCAUUGUGAGGCUGCAGGCACGGCCAUGAGCACGAGCACGGUGGGGGAGAGCAGGUCACUGGCUCGCUCCUUUGAUUAUGGCCUUCAGGAGCAGCCUCCGAGGCGGUCCUGGAGCCAGUCGGACAUGAAAACCAUCCGCUUCCCCUACGGCUCUGAGUUCAGGCCCCUGGGGCCGUGCCCCACGCUGAGCAGCCGCAAAGGGGGUGUUUUUUGGCACGUCCCAGCCCAGCAAGGGCUGGCUCCGGGGCCUCGGCGCUCCACUGAGCGCUACCUGGGCAGCAGCACCGAGUCCAGUGACUCUGACUCGGAUCUGCUGGCCGCCGACUACUGCUCCCUGUACGGCCGCGUGCUGCGCUCACCCAUGGCCCGCGUGCGGCUCUCCUCGGGCAGCCUCCAGCUGGAUGAGGAGGAUGAGGAGGUGUCCUUCGCCACCGGUGCUGCUGAAGAGAGGAUUUCCAGAGGGGCCUCCAAGUAUUUCACCUAGGUGCCUGACACCAGCCAGAGGCGGCAGAGGUGGCCAGUGCUGACCCAGGGUCAAAGAACGGUGACACUCUUUGUUUGCAGGUCUGCUUACAGCUUAUGAAACAUUGAUGGGAUUGUGUUGUGUGAGUGCUCUUAGCUAUAGAGGAUGUGUUAAUGGACAUCAGGGGCUGUGUUCAGAAGUAUUCAACCCCUGCACCAAACUUGGAAGCUGGUUUGCCUUUGCCACCACACUUCCUUCAGGUCUUCCUUCAGCCAGAGGCCAGGGAUCUCCUGAAGUCCCACUAAGCCCCUAUGUCCUGCCCAGGCUGAUGCCUGGAGCUCAGCUGCUGGAGUCUUCAUCGAGGGGGAAGGAGAAAAAAAGACUUCUCACAGAAUAGUUUCAGCUGCCCCUUUUCCCAGCUGCAGGGAAACACACUGGAGGGAAGGGUGGUUCAGGCCCUUUUGGAAAGGAGCAAGAUCUCCAUGGGAGGCUGCUCCUGGAGCUGAUACCAUAUGGACAGGACAAAACCCCAGCACAGAUCUCAUCUCCUCCACCUGCCUCACCUCCCUCUAGUGCUGCAGGGAGCACCUGGCACUCGAAGACAAGGGUCUGUGUGUGCCUGUCUCCUCCCUGGCCAGUUUAGAGGAUUAUCCUUCUCCAGAAGUAUCUCAGUAGUGUUUGUCAAGCUUUUAGAAGCACCCCAUGGUGAGCACUGGGAAGUGGGCUCAUACUCUUUAACUGCUUUGCUUAGGCUCAUCUGGCAGCACCGUGACAGCCCCAGUACCUCAGUGCUCUGCUUCAAUCUGAAGGUGAGAGAUAUGUAAGGGGGUUCUUUGGGGUGCUUUGCUUCCCCAAAUCUGUCCUCAAUGCAGCAGCAUGGAAAAAAGGUAGCAGGAGCAGGUAGGAAAGGAACAGGCAGCUUCUUGGAAGUAUUUUUUUUUUAAAAAACUUACUAUUACCCUAAACCUCCAUGAAAUCUACUUGGAAAUCUUGAGAAUGACACCUCCAUAAGAUUUUAGGGGGAGAUCUUGAUAAUUUUCUUUAAGAACAACCCUGUAAGUCUUUGUAGGACAUGUCUGUAAUCAGAGGGUCAGCUCAGAAAAUCGACGGUGGAGGAACCACUGCAGCCUGCCAGAAGGAUUUCAGAAACAAGGAAGCUGGGACAAAAAAAAAUAGAUUAAAAUGUAGAAAGAACUGAGCUUUUGGGCCCCGCUCACUCUACAUAUUGCUGUCCUUUGUUUUAGAAGGUGGACAAUAAAAAACAGUUGUUCACACUGGAA